UAUGGUUUAUUGGCGGUGUCUCAGUAAAAGUCAUUUCAGAAAUAAUUUGUCAGAAAAUUCACAGAAUAUCCAGAUUUGAGAACCAAGACCAGACCCGCUUCGGGGGAGGAGACCAAAUUGAAGCUGAGAUGGGAGGAAAAUGCAUGAAUGAGGCUAAAAAUUGCUUUGGCAUGCUUCUUAUGAGGAAAUGACAAUAUAACAUGAUUAAAAGUUCCAAAAGUUAGAUUUUCAAUUAUAUGGAACCUUUACAAAAACUGUUCAAUUAACUUCUCAACUCCAUCCUCAAUCUUGCAUUUUUUAGCUAUAACACCCUCUUUGGUUCCAGAAUGCUAUCAAGUCUGACAACUGGAAGGAAUUGGACUGACUCUGAUGGAAUGGGCAGGGCUGAUUCUGGAAUGGGCGGGGCUGACUCUGGUGCAGCUCCACCUUCUGGUGCAGCUCCGCCUUUGUGGUUCUGCAGCGAGCACCACUUGCAUUUUGUGGUCCCAGAAUGAAUUUAAAAGAAAAAGUAAAUAUUGUCAACAUUGAAUUUACUCACAAAAAUCCUAGUACUUACAUAUCCAUGUUAGCAUUAAACAAGUUCCUGGAAAAAUAAUAAAAGUUUAUAUUCUGAUGUUUUAUUGUGAUCUGAGUGUGUUUUUCCUAUAAAACCUCAUUAUCCGGUGAGAAAACCGAGGUGACUUUGUCUUGUUUACCGCUUUUUACUCACCAGCUGUUAGUUUUCUUCCCUCCUCUUUGUUCCUGAAGUUAAACUCUUCUCUAACUCAGACCCACCACUCUUCUAUUGUGUCUCUUUUCAAAUUAAAAGCCCCCUCCCAGACGGGCGCGUGCUGUGUCAACACGCAGAGCGUGCCUGGAAAGUGAGCAGGUUUGGACCAAACCACUGUUGAAAAACGCGAGGGGUGGUAUCCGUACGCAGAGACGUUUACUUGACCUAAACGUUUAAAACGAAACAGUCUUUAAAGUGCUAUCUUAAUCACAUUACGUGAUAGAAUAAUUUCAGAAACUUAUGAAGAGUUACAUCUGAUUUAAAGUUUAUUCGCAAAGAAAUAAAGGUAAUAACCCCUGUUUGGAAAGUAGACUGGUCUGAAGCAGAUGUCCCCUGGCUUCUCUGACAUCUGACCGGAGAAAGUCCUAUAACUCUAGCAACUCUAGGAAGGAUGCUGUAGAAGAUAGCAUCACAGAAACUUAAAGGUAAUAAUAAAAACUUGAGUCAAGAUGACGAGUGUGGAGAGUAAAGAGGAGAUCAGUGACACAGACAGUGGGAUCAUCCUGCACUCUGGUCCAGAAAGCCCCACGUCGCCAGUGAAGGACCACCUGACACACACCAGAGCUCUGAAGCUGAAGCACCAGGCUCUAGAGGAGCGUCUGGAGCUCUGCCUGCUUGAGCUUCGAAAACUCUGCAUCAAAGAGGCAGAGUUGACGGGCAUACUUCCCUCAGAUUACCCCCUGAUGCCUGAUGACAAGCCACCUCGAGUUCGAAGGAGGAUCGGGGCUUCUUUCAAACUGGACGAAGGCCUGAUCUUCCAGGAUCAACAGGGUUCUGAGCUGCAAGCACUGGAGACUGACCUGGCGGUCCAUCAACAGAUUUAUGAGGCUGUACGCAAACUCUCCCUCGAGGAGAAUCUCACUAAACCACAGAAGAAGAGUCGUCUGCAGCAGUGCAAGAAGGAGGAGAAGAAGUUGAAGGAUCUGCAGGAGGCAGUGUUCCAGCACAGAGUCAAGAGUGAGUGCAACUCACCAGCCAUCUCCAUCUCAAGCAGCCAAAGUAAAGAUGUUUGCAUGUCUGACGACAGCUCCCUCUCUGAUGUGGUGGCUCUGGAUGAGGAUGUGGACUCUUCGUGCCCCCUGUCACCUCCAGCCACUUCCUGUUCAGACACACUCCAUCUGUCAGAUAAGACCCUGCAGUCGUCCCAUCAGCCCUCAGAGCUGAGCAGUGUGGAGUACAAGCGUUCUCCCAUCCAGAACUCUCCAUGGAAAGAGUCCAGUCUGGACCAGCCAUACCAACGGGCCUUAAAACUUCUGUCUCCCAGCAAGAGCAGAUCCAGUAGUCCCGCAGGAACACAGGUGUCUGCAGAAAGUUGCAGGAUUCCUCUCACUCAGUUUGUCAGGAACUCUGCAAUGCGUCACACCCACUCUACCAGUGCCCCCUCCACACCAAAGCUGCUUGUUCGCCGACAGUACUCCCAGUCCUUCAGAACUUCCAAAAAGAAGCUGUUUGUUGAAAUGGAGCGCCUCGGGGUUCCUCACUCCAACGCCCCGGUGUGUUCUCCAGAGUCCUCGCCCCCUCGUCCCUACCAGUCGAGAUCAGAGGACAGCAGCUCUGAGCACUCAUCCUCUUCUUACAUCUGCUCUCCUGUAAGAAGCAGACCCUCUGAGAUCCCCAAGCUCUCCCCUCCGCCUUAUGGAUUCCACUUCGGAGCGCAGAAUAAAGAGCUGCACAAGAGCAGCGGCCAGCCUCAUUCUGGCUCUGGCCAGAUCAGCGAAGAGGGCUCCCUGUCUCCCCUUCCUGUGGCUCACAGCCAGCAAAGAAGAGCAUCUUCCCCGAGGAGCAUCCUAAAGCCCCCUCCGCCUUAUAACAGACUGGUGAGGACGCCUUCGCUGAGGGAGUAUCCCAACCACGCUGUCAGGCUGAUGCCCCGGGAAAUGGUGUCAGAGGAGCUGAAGUCCUGGCAUCAGCGGAAUCAGAAGCUUCAGCCGAGCUGCGGAGAGCUGCUGAGCCCAACUUCACCACACCUGCCGCCAUUUGAACAGGGUUCGGGUAAUGUGAUCCUUCAGAGAGCUGCGGACGGGACUCCGGUCCAGUGGUUUGUGGCUGAGGAUGCAGAAAUCGUGAGCCAGGUGUAACACUGAGAAUCGUUCUUGAUUAUUUAUCUGUAUUUAUGAAGAUGCUGGACUUUCUGUGAGAUUCUUCACUGACAUGAUGCAGAAAACUUGGACCUAAUGGUACCAGAUUGGUAUUUAACUUAUAAGUAAGGACGUUUAACCACUAUUAUUUAUUUUAGGUUUUCUCAGAAUAGAUUUUAGGUUCAUUCGUCUGACAAAUGUGUCGAACGGACCUUAAGUUUGCUGUUAUUUCACGUUGUUUUGUGGCUGGGACACAUUUUGCACACAACUGCUUUUGUUCUCAUAUAAGUUUUCAAUUUUUAAUAUAAUUGUUGUCUAUAUUUAUUUGAAGUUGCUCUCAUUUAGCAAACCUAAAGCUCAUUUCUUAGACUCUACUGAACAUUUAUUAUUGUUUAAACGUUUAACUCAAUAUUUAAUCACUGAUAACUUUACAGUGUGGUGUUUUCUUACUAACCACUUAAAUGUAUAUGUUUUAAUAACUUUUGUAUGUUUAUAAUAAACAUUUAAA